AUGAAGACUCUGAGGCUAAGAAAGAACAUGGUGAAAUUUUCUUUAUACAGGCACUUUACAAAUACUCUGAUCUUUGCUGUGCUGGCUUCUGUCGUGUUUAUGGUGUGGACAGUUAUGACAUUUAGAUUUGCAAAAUGUCGAUCAGAUUGGAUGGAAAUCUGGGUUGAUGAAGCAUUUUGGAGCUUCCUCUUUUCAAUUAUCCUUAUGGUAAUAAUGUUUUUGUGGAGACCAUCAGCAAAUAAUCAAAGGUAUGCCUUCAUGCCCUUAAUUGAUGAUUCUGAUGAUGAAGUUGAAGAAUACAUGGUAACUUCUGAAAAUUUAACUGAAGGAAUAAAAUUAAGGACCUCAAAAACGGUUUCCAAUGGAACAGCUAAACCACCAACUUCUGAUAAUUUUGAUGAAGAUUUGAAGUGGGUGGAAGAAAAUAUUCCCUCUUCAUUCACAGACGUAGCUCUUCCAGUAUUGGUAGAUUCGGAUGAGGAAAUUAUGACCAGAUCUGAAAUGGCAGAAAAAAUGUUCUCUUCAGAAAAGAUAAUGUGA